UUUGCAGCCCAGUUGGCAGUUGCAGUGAAUCCGCCUAAGCCUAACCAGAAGCUCAAGUGCUUUUACUCAUUACAAUCGAUUUAAAUUCCUUCUCCAUCAUUUCUAGUAUUCCAAUCAAUCACAUCAAUAUUAAUCUUUUGGUGCUUGGGCGGGACACUGACGCUGGCGAUACUCGACAGAGGAGAGAUUUUGGAGUUCGUUACUUGCAAAUGGAUGAUUCCAUGGAAGAUCUCGAACCUUUGUUCGAUUACAGGCGCGUCCAGCCCCUUAAUAUUGUUUGCCUAGACGAUGAUGGGUCUGAUGCGUCGCCAGUUCCCUGUCCAAAACGAAGCAAAAUUAUUCAGAACCCAAAAUCUGUUGUUGAAGAAGUUGACGAUGAUGACUUGGAAGUAGUAAGAGUGAAUUGUGAAGAUAAGGACGAGGAGGAUUGGCUACCUCCUCCGCCCAAAGCUUGCUGUGAUUUCCGGAACCAGCUUGUUGAGGAUUCCACUAUAAAGGAGUUGAGGUUAAAGAAGCAGGAGUUAGAGUCACUUGCAAAAUCAGGUGUGGAUGUGUUGCGAGCAGUGGAAGAGUCCAUAAAAAGAGAACUUAGUAGUUCACUGAAGGCUGCUUUGAAUGCUGUUGCUGAGCAACCAUUAAAGCCUCCAUGUGGAAGAGCUAAAAUAGUAAUUUCUGUUCAAGACAAGGAUGGACUUAAACAAUUUCGCAUGUACAAGGAUGACAAGUUUGAGCGGCUCUUCAACAUGUAUAUGGAUAAGGCUAAACUUAAUAAUAUUCAAAGCAUAGUAUUUUCUUUUGAUGGGGACAAAGUCAGUCCAACAGCAACCCCGGACAGCCUUGGCAUGGAAGAUGAAGACAUUAUUGAAGUGCAUGUAAAGAAAAGCUGAAUGAGGCUGUUCAAAUUCGUUCUGCUUCAAGAUUUUUUGUUGACUAUAGUGCUAAAAGCAACUUGAUGUUGCCUUGUGGGAGCUGAACUUGUUUUGAUGCUUAAUCUGUCCAGUGUUUUUGUCAAUAGCAAUAUUUGGUUUUAGAAAAAUUGUGGCCUUAAAUUGCAAUUUUUUAAAGAAGUUUGAAGAAUGCUGUUCUUGUAACAAAGCUUAAGUAGAAAUUGUUCAAACAAGGAAAGGCUAUUGUCCGUUAGGCUUAGAGAACGUGUACUUUUGCUUCCUUGAACUUUGGUUUGGAAAAGGAUCGUAACCGCUUCUUUGGUGGGAUUACCUAAUUGCUCUUAGGAAUGUGGACUCAUGCCUUAAUUUGAAUAUUAUGCAUGGAAUUAUUUUUAUGGAA